AUGGCCAGUCCAGCUUAUCUGGUUGGGGUUGAUGUGGGCACGGGCAGUGCUAGGGCCGCUCUCGUAACCAGCAAAGGUGAAGUGGUCCAGACCUGCGUACGGCCCAUCCGGACCUGGAACACUCAGCCCAAUUAUUACGAACAAUCGUCGGACGAUAUUUGGACAGCGGUUUGCGAGUGUGUCAAGAAUGUUACAACGGGUUACGCGAAAGAUCUCGUCAAAGGAAUUGGUUUCGAUGCGACCUGCUCCCUCGUGGUCCUUGAUGUGGAAAUGCAACCACUAACGGUUAGCCCAUCGUCACAGGAUAACCAACGCAACAUCAUUCUCUGGAUGGAUCACCGUGCAGAGGAGGAAGCACGCUUCAUAAACGGGACACACCACAAAAUGCUCAACUACGUCGGUGGCACUAUAUCGCUCGAGAUGGAAGUGCCAAAGUUGUUGUGGCUUAAGCGUCACAUGCACGGCGAAGUGUGGACCAAAGUCGGUGCGUUUUUCGAUCUACCCGAUUACUUAACGUUCCGUGCAACGGGCGUCGAUCAUCGUUCGAUUUGUUCCGCCGUUUGUAAGUGGAACUAUGAUGCGGAGAAUCGAAGAUGGUCGGAAGAUUUCCUACAGGCGGUUGGAUUGGGUGAAGAUUUGCGUGGUGACAGUUGGAAACUUAUCGGCCGGCAAGUACUAACACCUGGGACACCAAUCGAAGGUGGACUUUCGCCAAAAGCCGCCCAAGAACUUGGCUUGAAUCCUGGCACAGCAGUUGCUAGUUCGAUGAUAGACGCGCAUGCUGGUGCGCUGGCAUUACUCGGAUGUCAGAGUCCCGAUGGUUCUGGAGAUGCGCGUAAGCUAACCUCGAAGUUGGCCAUCAUAUGUGGAACAUCCUCUUGCCAUAUGAGCCUCACCAAGGACCCGGUAUUAGCGCCAGGAAUAUGGGGACCGUACAAGCAUGCCAUCAUACCGGAUCUGUACCUGAACGAGGCGGGCCAGAGUGCUACGGGUGUGUUGAUGGAUUACAUGCUCGAAACACAUCCGUCUUACGAACAGUUGCAGAAGGACCAUGGCUCUAAUGGGAAGAUUUAUGCCUUUCUUAACGGAUUCUUGCAAGAAUUGGCUAAGAAGCAGGGUGUAGAUUCACUUCACCGACUUACGAUCGAUCUGCACAUAUGGCCAGACUUCCAUGGUAAUCGAUCUCCACUGGCUGAUCCCAAUCUUAAGGGAAUGAUAUCCGGGCUGACAAUGACAAAGGACGUUCAAAGCCUAGCCUUGAUCUAUCUGGCGCUCAUGCAAGCGCUAGCGUACGGUACGCGUCACAUUCUACAAGUGCUGGAGACAUCGGGACGUGAGCCUAUUACUUCGAUACUGCUUUGCGGUGGACUUAGCAAAAAUACUCUUUUUGUUCAAACACAUGCGGACAUUUGUUCCGUGCCGGUUUUGCUUCCCAGUGAACCGGAAGCGGUCCUGUUGGGGUCCGCUAUGAUGGGAGCUUACGCGGCCGGUCUUUACAAUAGCUUGGAGACGGCAGCAGCGGGCAUGGGUGGAAGUGCAACCGUGAUGAAGCCAGACUUGAGCGACAGUAAUCGUGACUACCACGAGCGAAAGUAUCACGUUUUCCAGCGGAUGUACCUCGACCAGCGUGGCUACGAACGUAUAAUGAAAGGAUAAU